CCUCCCCUACCUUUCUUUUUCUCCCAAACUCACUUUCUCUCAUGCAGUUAUCAAAAUCAGAGAUUUUUGCAGAUCUGUCACACAUCUCUCUCUUUUUUUCUGCAUUUUCUUUUCUCAGAGCACAAGGUUCAUCGUGUAUAGAAGAACAAAAUGGCAAACUCGGCAUCUGGAAUGGCUGUGCAUGAUGAUUGUAAGCUCAAGUUCUUGGAACUAAAAGCAAAGAGGAACCACCGAUUUAUUGUGUUCAAGAUCGAGGAGAAGAUACAGCAGGUGAUUGUGGAGAAGGUUGGAGGUCCCGAUGAAAGCUAUGACGAUUUCGCUGCCUCCAUGCCUGCCGAUGAGUGCCGCUAUGCCGUCUACGAUUUUGAUUUUACAACCAAUGAGAACUGCCAGAAAAGCAAAAUUUUCUUCAUUGCAUGGGCACCUGACACUUCAAGGGUGAGAAGUAAGAUGCUUUAUGCAAGCUCCAAGGACAGAUUCAAGAGGGAGUUGGAUGGGAUUCAAGUGGAGUUGCAGGCAACAGACCCUAGUGAGAUGAGCUUGGAUAUCAUAAAAGGCCGGGCACUCUAAAUAUUCUUGUAGAGCAUUAUUGAUCCAUCACUUUGUCACAUGAU